AUGGAGCAAGUGAAUUCGACGAGUCUCUCCGACUUCCACAAGAGAAAGCGGUCCCGGGACGGUCACGACUCAGGCGUGUACAACUUGACCAUCGAUUACCGAUUUGAGCUCAUCAAGCGUGCUGACUCUACAGUCAACCUGCGCGUCGACUAUACGAACCUCGUUCCGUACUGGGAUGAGAUGACCGGGGAUGAGUCAGAGGCCGGAUCGAAGAGCAAGCGAGAGCUCUGCCGGGAGAAGCGCUGGUGGGGGACUUACUCCGAGUGGUUGAAGAAGCUGACCACGGUACGCAUGUCAGACGAAGGCAAGUUGCCGCUGUCCAUUCACAAGAAGAUGCUCCUCUAUAGCCGACGGGCGCAAUGCGCACGGAAGGGCAUGACGCUCAAGGCCGGGCUCGACGUGACGCUGGAUGCCAAGUUUGAUAUGAACGCCAGGUGGUCAUACUAUGCACAAGGCACGAUUGUUCACCUGAAUAUCGACACCCUCUACACCUAUUUCGAGCUGCAUCCCGAGGUGCAAGCUAUACUAGAGAUCGACGGCAGCGCCGAGAUGAUAUACCGCAGCCCUCGAAUCAGAAUCAUCGACACACUUUCCUACCCCGAAUUGGCCAUCAAGGGCAUCGCAGCGGUGGGGCCAACGCUUGAUCUGUACGGACAGAUGGAGGCUGGCGCCACGAUCGCUGGGAAACUCAAAGCGGGAGCCAAGAUGACUUUCCCCAAGUACGAAAUGUACUUCCCGCAGAUAGAUGAGGCCGACGAUUAUCAGAAAUUCCCCACGCCCGACGACAAGGAUACGAAACGGGUGUCUGGUACCGAUAUGGCGCCCAUUCUGGACGCCAGUGUCGAGGCGAGCGUUCACAUCGACCUCAUGGUCACACCAGAGGUGAAUCUGGGGAUCAAAGUUAAUGCACCCAUGCGCAAAGGCGGCCCCGUUCUCGAUGCUCAGAUUGUCGGUAUCGUGAAUAAUACUUUGCGUUUCCAAGUUGACGCGGGAGCCAGCGGAGGAAUCGAUAAUCCGCCAGCUGCUUCAUACGACGUGUACGUCAAGUACUCUUCAAAUUUGCGCAGUACCCUCGAGCCCGACCUUCUCGGCGCAGAGCGGUUUAUCCCAAUCUACAACGCCACCGAGCUCGUGGACGAUGGCUGGGAUAUACCGACUGGCCUCUUGGCGCCUCGUUCCCUGCAGAAGCGCAAGACUCCCGAGGAGGUUGCCGCGUUUGGUCUUAACAAGGGCUUCUUCACCUGCAAUGACGGGGGUCAGUGCAAGAGCGGGGGGUGUGACGGUGAUACCUGCGAAUGGAAGCCUAAGCCGUCGAGCCUGACCCGACUUGCCGACGAUGAUGACGGCGACCCGAUAGACGUCGACUCUAGUCAGAGCUGUGUUAGCUCUAUCCCUAUUGUGAUAUAUAACUACAAGUACUUCUCGGACUACCGGGUGCGAGAUAAAGAAAUCUACGGUAUUUGUUAUAUUAUAUUAAAGUUCUUUAUAAACGAGGGUCUAGGUGACCUAGACCGCCACGAACGGCAAGACCAGAACGGCCGACAAGUCGUGGGCGGCCGACUAGGCCUCGCGUAUGAUGUCUUUAGCCACAACUUCGCCGAUGGCGGCGACAGGAGCGAUAUGGCUGAAGUCAUUGGCGCCGUGAAUACGCUGGGCAACGCGAAGUACUCUAUCACCAAGAAUGCCCUAUGUCGGACUCCUGGCACACAUGAUCACCCGUUUUGGCAUUCUGCAGGAGGUCUUUAUGUGAAAACGGUUCAGUGCACGGUCGUAUUCGACAAUACGGUCGCCCAGGCUAAAAUCAAGCGAGGCGAGACGCCGACCCAAGAGGAGAUGUUCAAUAUCAAGCGUGAGUCAUCCCUGAAGGAGACCUGUUUUUUGCAUGUUGCUAACAAGCCGUCCACGCAGGCAUUGACAUUGCGGAGGAUGAACCUGCGCAUGAAAUAUUUGUUCCAUUUGACGAUGCAGAGCCAACUCUGGCGCCUCGGACCACUCCCACCCAUUCCCUUCUCUAAGGUAAAACUCCACGUCUUCAUCCUCAUCAUCCACAAUCUCCGACAAAGGCUCGCCCUCAAACCAAUUCACCGCAAUCUGCGCCGCCUCCGUAGCCCGCUCACGUACCCUAACCGGAAGGAUCUCCCCCCGGUGGUUCACCGCCAGGGCCAGCACUCAACCCUCCUCACAGGCCUUCCGAUCUGCAACAGGAACCAGCGCCUUCUGUGUCCGAUCAUUCUCCGCCAGCUCCUCAGCCCGCUCCUCCCCUUCAAAAUACCGCCAGUCACCAUCCGACAGCCCCUCAAACAGCUCAGGGCAGUGCAUUAG